GCUGCUUGGCAGUGCUUGCCCUCUGACACCACGGUUUCCACCACAAGGCAGCUGUGGGCUAUGUACAGUACCGACAAAUCGUCGUCAAGAAUCUCGGAAGCGGCUCCUGAGGCUGCAGGCUUCAGGCUGCAGUACCUUCAAAAACAAGACUUACAAGUUCAAAGCUCGCCUCCACAUAACUUCAAGAGGUUUGGCGCCCUGAACCAGUUAUAGCUAGCCUAGUUCAGCAUGGUUUCUAAGAAGAGCACAAAGAAGCGCUCGCCGGCGGUGCUGGUGGAGCCUCCGCCAGAGAAAAAGCCGGCCAAAGCCGCCAAGCCACGGGGCACGCAGGCGGAGGGCCCUGCCGCUGGCCCAGCUGCAGCAGAGGCUCCAAGCACGUCCGGCAGGGAGACAGCGGGUGCGGCGUUCAUGCCGCUAGAUGUGGAGGCAGAUAUUGAGGUGGCGCGAGUAGCCGCGCGGGCGAGAAAGAAGGGCAGCAAGGCAGCUGCUGCAGCAGGCAGGCCGGGGGUGGGGGCACAGCUGGCAGGCGCAGGAGGAGGGGCGCAGGGGAGGGUGGUGUACAUAGGCAGGAUUCCGCACGGCUUCUACGAGGAUCAAAUGAGUGGAUUCUUCGGGCAAUUUGGCACAAUCUCGCGGCUCAAAGUUUCGCGCAAUAAGAAGACAGGAAAAUCCAAGCACUAUGCCUUCAUCGAAUUUGAAUCGUCAGAGGUUGCGGCCAUCGUGGCGGAGUGCAUGCACAACUACCUGCUGUUUGGUUCAGUGCUGCAGUGCAGCGUGAUGGACCCCGACAAGCUGCACCCCGACACCUUCAAAAACGCGAACAGGAAGUUCGUCAAGGUGCCCUGGCAACGCAUAGCGCGGGAGCAGCACAACAAGGAGCGCACGCCGGAGGAACAGCAGAGGGUGGUUACCCGGCUGCUCAAGGCCGACGAGACAAGGCGGAAACGCCUGCGAGAGCAGGGCAUCGAGUAUGAUUUUGAAGGUUUCCAGGCCACCCUGCCAACGAAAGGCAAGAAAACAAAGCUUGAGUAAUUAGGUUCUUCCUUCUCAUGCUUGAUAAUUCGGUCUUUUGACCAAACCAAGACAUCAGAUCCACGCUAGUUGCAGAGCGAGUCUGCUCCAGGGUCUUUGCCUUUGACGGGUUCGUUUGUUGAAGCCUCUGCGGUUAUAUGACUUCUUAAAAUGGCUGUUUUGUCCUUCUAGCCGCACGGUAUGAGGCAGAACUUCGCUCUGAUCGCUCUACGAGCCGCUAAAAAGGUCACUGCAAAGGCCGCGCGAUUGCCAC